AUGUCACCUUUCAACCUCGAAACAUGUGCGCGCCCGAAUAUUCUGGCCCUCGAGCCUUAUCGCUGCGCAAGAGACGACUACAAGGAUGACGGAACAAACGUCCUCCUCGACGCCAACGAGAACGCCUACGGGCCGUCGCUGCAACCCGACUUCGAGGCCGGAAACCUGGGCAUCGACUUCCAGGGCCUGAACCGGUACCCGGACCCUCACCAGCCGGAGCUUAAGCAGCUCCUCUGCCGCCUGCGCAACACCCACACUCACACGGCGAGGGACCUCAAGCCCGAAAACCUCUUCGUCGGCGUCGGCAGCGACGAGGCCAUUGACGCCCUGCUGCGGUGCUUCUGCGUGCCGGGAAAGGACCGCAUCCUGACAUGCCCGCCCACCUACGGCAUGUACUCCGUCUCGGCGCAGAUCAACGACGUCAGCAUCGUCAAGGUGCCGCUGAAGCCCGCGCCGGAAUUCGGCAUGGAUACCGACGCCAUCCUGGAGAAGUUGAACACGGAGGGGAACAACAUCAAGCUCGUGUACCUCUGCACGCCGGGUAACCCGACCGGCUCCGUCCUGGCCAAGGAGGACGUCCAGCGGGUCCUGGAGCACCCUACUUGGAACGGCGUCGUCAUCCUUGACGAGGCCUACAUCGACUUCGCGCCCGAGGGGAGCUCGAUGGCGGAGUGGGUGCUCGAGUGGCCCAACCUCGUCGUGAUGCAGACCCUGUCCAAGGCGUUUGGCAUGGCCGGCAUCCGCCUGGGUGCGGCUUUCACCUCGCCGUCCAUCGCCCGCCUCCUCAACGCCAUGAAGGCGCCGUACAAUAUCUCCACCCCGACCAGCGCGCUCGCGCAAUACGCCGUGUCCGAAAAGGGGUUGGCGGUCAUGAGGGCGAACCGCGCCAAGAUUCUGACGCAGCGGGACCGCAUCAUCGCCGAGCUGCCCAAGAUCCCCGGCGUCGGCAGGUUGCGGGGCGGCACGGAGAGCAAUUUCUUGCUGUACGAGAUGCUGGACGCGGCGGGACAGCCGGACAACGUCACAGCGCUGGCCGCGUACGAGCGCCUCGCGGAGAACAAGGGCGUCGUCGUCCGGUUCCGCGGCAAGGAGCAUGGCUGUCUGGGGUGUUUGAGGAUCACGAUUGGCACCGAGGACGAGGUCACGAGGUUCCUUGCUUCCAUUGCAAAGGUUCUGGCCGAGGUCCGCGGUACUGGACGGCAGCCGAACGAGGAGACGAAGGAGACGGCGGCGAACAGGGUGGUUGCAUAG